AUGAAGCGCGACCGUCGGGGCCCAGUUCAGGACCUUCCUCUCCUUCCCUCGCUCCUCCUCCUCCUCAUCGGCAUCCCAUACCUCUCCGCUGCUGCGGCGACCAUUACCACCAUCAAAAGCGGCUUCUCGGUGAAACCCAGCCUCGGAGCGUCUCUUCUUUCCUAUUCUACUGUCUCCUUCCAAGCAAUCCUCGGCGAUCCCGGGGGUAACUUCUCAUUUGGCUUCCUGAUGCCGAUGAAUUCGGACUCUCUCCAUCUUGCUGUCGUUCACAUCCCCUCCGGCUUCCCCAUCUGGCGCGCCUCACGCGACGGACGCGCCGUCGUCGCUCGCCGGUCCAACUCCAUCUCCCUCUCAUUCGACGGUGGCACCCUGCUUCUCUCCGACCCCCAGGGAGCGGUCCUCUGGAAGGUCGGCUCGCCCGCCGGCGACGUGGUCGAGCUGCACCCCACCUCCAACCUCCAGGUCCGGGCCGAGAAUGGCUCUGUCCUCUGGCAGAGCUUCGAUGCCCCCUUUGACACCCUCGUCGUGGGCCAGAACUUCACCUCCUCAGCUGCCCUCUCCUCCCCCAACUCCCGCUUCUCCUCGCGGCUCGGGGCUAACUUCAUCGCCCUCUACAUGAACUCCGGCGAUGGGAGAGCCUACGCCGGCAGAACCGCCGUCAUGUACUGGCAAGAGAAGGCGUUCGAGGAGACCGGAACGAUCGACGAGAAGGUGGGGCCGAUUUACGCCCGACUCAACCAGACGGGUUUCCUCGGCCUGUAUCAGGACGAGACUAACCGCGUUCACAUCCUGCCUUUCGACACCAACAACCGGAACCUCUCCAGACUCAGGCGGCUCACCCUCGAGACCGACGGCAACCUCCGCGCCUACUACUGGAACAGUUCGGCCUGGGCCUCCGACUACAGCGCCAUACGCGAGUCCUGCGAGCUCCCGACCUACUGCGGCGCCUACGGGCUGUGCACCAGGGACAAGGACGAGUGCCAGUGCCUGGGUGGGAGCAGUGCCGCUGACGCUUGCCUCCCCGAGGGCUACGGCGACCUCUGCGGUGGUAAUUUCACGGUGCUGAGGCGGGCGGGAGUGGAGCUGGCUUACGACAAGCUGUUGCUCUACAAAAAAGUGGGUUCUCAGGAGGAGUGUGAGCGGGGCUGCGAGCGCAACUGCAGCUGCUGGGGGGCCCUGUACAACAACCUGACGCGUACGUGCUACAGGAUGGGCUUCCCGGCGGAGACCCUCGUUGCGACUAGCGAGAACAGGGUGGGAUACUUCAAGGUGAGGUUGGUCACCUCUCACGGCGGAGGCGGGAGCACGAGGAAGAGAGUGCUGCUGGCGUGUCUGCUGGUGUUGUUAGGGGUGGUCUUGUGCGUGGUGUUCACACUGUGGUACCGUCGCCGGCGGUUGCGUAGAGGCCUCUCCAGUGCGGCGCUCAUGGGGGACACUCACUCGCCGGUAGGCACCUACAAGGAGUUCAAGGGAAGCACGAGCUUCCGGGACGUCGAGCUCUCGUCCUCUUCUUCCUCUUCCAAACGGUGA